AUGCUCCGCGCCCUGCUUCUCCUGCCCAGCCUCCUGGGGGCCGCCCUGGCCGGCCCCAUCUCGGGCCCCCGGGAGUGCGCCAGGGGCUCCACGGAGUGGUGCCAGGACCUGCGGGCGGCCAGCGCGUGCGGGGCCCUGGAGCACUGCCGCGGCGCCGUCUGGAGCAAGCCCACCGCCAAGUCCCUGCCCUGCAGCGUGUGUCUGGAUGUGGCGGCCGCCGCCAGCAAUGGGCUGAACCCCGAGGCCACAGAGACCGACACCCUGACUCUGCUGAUGAAGACCUGCGCAUGGCUGCCCAGCCAGGAGUCUUCCAUCAGAUGCCAGGGGAUGGUGGCCGCCCACCCCUCGGCCGUCCUGAGCCUGCUCGGCGGGGCCCCGGGCAGCAGCCCCGCCCCAGUGUGCGUGGCACUCACCCUCUGCCAGCCGCUGCAGAGGCCCCCGGCCACCCAGGGGCUCCCCCAGGAGGACACGGCCGAAGCCAUGGCCCCCUUCAUGGCCCCCGGGCCCGUCAGCUUCCAGCCUCCACAGGCUCCUGAGGGUGCCGUGUGCCAGGACUGUGUGCAGCUGGUCACCCGGCUCCAGGCCGCUCUGGAUUCCAACCUGCCCCGCCUGGCAGAAGCCACGACACAGGAGCAGUGUGAGUCCCUGGGACCCGGCCUGGAUCUGCUCUGCAAGAACUACGUCCACCGCCUUUUUGCCCCCACUGAGCAGAUGCUGAGGCUGGCGGCCCCGGAGGAGGUCUGUGCCAAGGCGGCCUUCUGUGAUGAGCCGGAAGCCCCCGCCCAUCUGGCUCACGUGUCUGCUGAGAACGGGGUCCCUUCGCUGGAGCUGGCGUCCCCAAGGAGGAGGGGCGAGGUCCAGAUGCAGGCUGGCCUGACCUGCGAGGUGUGUCUGGAGGUGGUGCAGCAGCUGGAGCAGUGGCUGGACACCAACAGCACGGAGACCAUGAUCAGCCAUGCCCUGGAGCGCGUCUGCAAUGCCAUGCCCAUCCAGAUCGCGCACCAGUGCGUCACCCUGGUGGACAGAUACAGCCCCUCCUUGGUGGAGUUCGUGACCAGAGUCUCCCCAGAGCAGGUGUGCACGGCCGUCAAGCUGUGCGGCAGCCGGAGGCGGGCCCGGUCUGUGCACGGGGCCCACGCCAGACACCGGACCCCGGCCACCACGCCAGACCCCCUGCUGGACGCGGAGGCCCAGGGUAGCUUCUGCAAUGGGUGCAAGAGGCUGCUGGGGGUGUCCACCCGCAACCUGGACCGCAAGAGCACCAAGCACGACAUCCUGAUGGCCUUCAAGGGCGGCUGCAGCGUCCUGCCGCUGCCCUACACCAUCCAGUGCAACCGCUUCGUCGCCGACUACGAGCCCGUGCUCAUCGCCAGCCUCAGGGAGAUGAUGGACCCCGACGCCCUGUGCAAGAAGGUGGGCGCCUGCCACCCCCCCAGGCCCACGCUGCUGGGCACCGACCAGUGCGCCUUGGGCCCCAGCUUCUGGUGCAAGAGCCAGGAGCUGGCGGAGAUGUGCAGGGCGCUGGAGCACUGCCAGCGCCACGUGUGGAAGGGGAUGGCCCCCACGCAAGGCCAGCACGCGUGA